ACCUUUUUGGGCAACAAGAACACUAUCCUGUGGUCUGAGAACACUGUAUCUGAGACAAAGGCCAGCAGAAACAUUAUCCUGCCCUCACCCUUUCUGCCCCUGCUUCCGCCUGCUCCCUGUCUGUCUACCCAUGAAAGCUCAUGCAUGCCAUCUCUUGAACAUCCAGGAUGUCCCAGAGUGGACAUUCUUCAGGUCUUCCUGCAGACAAAAAUAUCUCUUCAAGUGCCACUCAAGUGAUAGUGAAAGCUGCAGGCAACCAGAAAGACUUUAUGGUUGCUGAUGACAUCUCGGUGAGGCAGUUCAAGGAGAAGCUAUUGGCUCACUUCCAAUGCCAAAUGGAUCAACUUGUGCUGGUCUUCAUGGGCCGUCUUCUCAAAGACCAUGACACGCUGAGCCAGAGGGGCAUUAGGGAUGGUCACACCAUCUACCUGGUCAUCAAGUCCAAGCACAGCUCCAGAUCUCUGGCCCGUUCCUUCCAGGACCUGCCAACGAAUGAUCUCUGCCAUUGGGACAGAAACACUGAAGGAAACAGCAGUGGGGUGCACCAACCAACAGGCACAAAUGGAGCUCCAGUGGAAUUGGCCCACUAUGUGGGAUCUGAUACACCCAAAGUGCAUACCCAGAACUUGGACGUGAGCCAUCCAGAGCACAUAGCACAGAUGCUGGAGAAUCCUAGCAUCCAGCGGCUUCUGUCCAACAUGGAGUUCAUGUGGCAGUUCAUCUUAGAACACCGAGACAUGCAACAAUUGAUGCGGCAGAGCCCAGAGGUUUCUCACCUUCUUGACAAUUCCAAGAUCUUAUGGCAGACUCUGGAGCUUGCCAGGAACCUUGCUAUAAUUCAAGAGAUAAUGCAGUUCCACCAGCCUUCGCAAAACCUUGACUAUCCACUGAACCCACAGCCGUAUCUGGGCUUAGAGACAAUGCCAGGUGGGAAUAAUACCGUGGGUCAUGAUCAAUGUGCUGAUGUCAAUGAUCAAAUGCUGAACAGCAUGCAAGAUCCUUUUGGAGGAAACCCUUUCACAGCUCUUCUGUCUGGACAAGUGCUGGAACAAGUCCAGUCUUUAUCUCCACCUCCACCUCCACCCCAGGAAUGACGAGACCAGCUCCCACACCAUCCUACAAUCCGAGUCACUUAUAAUAGCUCUCAUGAUUUAUCUUCAAACAUCUCAGCCAAUGACACCCCCAACAAGGUCAACCACGCUUCCAAGGUCAACACUGCUACAAUCUCCACCAAGGGCCAGAUCCACAUCUGUGCCACUCAGCAGCCAGCUGGGAUACUAGCCUUACCUAGCAUAUAGUUUACCCAGCAGCCUCAAGAAGAAUGCAAGCAUGCCAUUUCUCUGAGUAGCUCCAGACAGAUAUUAGAGGGUGAUCUCCAGCUGUCAGAUGAGCAGACCAGCUCCCAGGUCACAGAAGGCAUGAUGCAGUUGCUUAUGAACAACCCCUACCUGGCAGCUCAGAUUAUGUUGUUCAUGAGUAUGCCCAGGCUGUCUAAACAGUGGAGGCAGCAGUUGCCCACAUUCCUGCAGCAGACACAGAUUUCUGACCUGCUUAUUGCUUUAGCCAACCCUAAAGCAUCACAAGCAAUAUUGCAGAUUGAGCAGGGUCUCCAGCUGCUGGUCACAGAGGCUCCUGUUCCUCUGCCUUGGGUUGCACCCUACCUAUGGGGCCUGGGUUGGCUUCCUGCCCCCAGCUGCAGCUACCUUGACACAGUGCCCCAGUCCUGAAAUCUUCCAGCUAUAGCUGAGCCCAAGGGACCUGAGUGCUGCCACAAGUCUGGAACAGUCCUACAGAGGCUACAGUUCCCAGAUGGGGAUGCUUCCCACCCUCUGCAAGCUCCUGAGAUUUGUUUUAGCAAACAGAUGGAAUAUCUCCAGGUUCCCAGGGAUUUGGGAACCAUCAUGCCAAUCUACAGGCAUUUAUUUCUACUGAAGGGGAUACCAAUGCUGCUACCCACAAGCUCAAGAGAUUGCAGAUUCUAACCACCAUGCCUACUUGUUUGCUUGCUACCUGCCUGCUAACCCACCUGAACAUCUCAUUUGCUAUUUCCACCUCUCCUGAUGCUUCCAGCCAGGAGAAGUCCUGGAAUAGGAGGUAUCAACCAAUGCUUCCUGUACUGAAAAAUAGAUCAUUGGCCACAGCUGGAACAUCUGUCAAUAAAAUGGCUACACCUACUUGCACCGA